UGUUGUAAAAUACUCAUGUUGUAUGCCCAACGUUUGGAAUAAGCGUGAUAACGUUACAGAGACGAAAAGUAUUAAACAUUGCUUUUAUUUGUGUGAUUUGUGCUGUUGUGUUAUGCAAACUACUCGUUUUUAAGGACACGUUGUUUUUUUUAAUCAAACUACCUUUCUGUUCAAGUGUUGUGUUGUCGUAAUCACUCGCAGAAACUCCGCAAAAUGGGCACCCCCGAAGACAGUUCGCCCCUCUGGGGUACCGGUCAGUUCAGCUAUCCGGACUUUAGCCGACCUUCGGCGCUAUCGGCAUGGCCGGAAACAGCCUCACCAGCGCCUUCGUUCGAUCCGUACGGAGCACGUGACACGGUGGAUUACGCCGAACUCAAGCCGGAAAGUUUUCUGCACUAUCACCAGCAGCAUCAGAUGAGUGCCCCUCCGGUUCCGCACGGGGGAUUCCUGCCGAGUUUGAUCCAGCAUACGCCGUUUUUGAACGGACACAAUGUGCUGCUGCCAGAGUCGAGCCCGUACUUGUCACCGAUGUUGGCCGUCCAGAAUCAGCACAUGUCCCCGGACGGGGGAUACUCUUCUCCGGGCAGUGCGGGUUCGGAGUACUUUGGAAUGCCGUACCAUGGUCUGCAGCAGCAUCAGCAGGCACAGACGGUUCCGCAGGAGUACGUGGCCAGCAUGUCUCCUUAUGGGAAUAUGGUUCCCUCGGUGGAAGCGGACGCGGCUUCGAUGGAACAGUCGAUUAAACAGGAAGAGCAACAAGAAACACAACCGCUUUACGGUCAACAGUUGGAAUACAUCGUGCAGUCCGUUGACGAAAGCAAACCGAUAAUCCACGAAAACAUUAUGAUUUGCCCGCCGAUGGACAUGCAGCAAAUCAAUCACCAGGCCGAGGCCGAACCGAUACAGUUCCACGUGCCAACUCCGGUUGCACACCAGCCACAGGCCACCACGACCGUGGACAUGAGCCAUGACGAAAUUGAUCGGCUCAUCUACCGAUCCCGGUACGGAGCUCCAGCGGAGAAUCAACCGUCAGUACCGGCGCCCUCCACCCAUCGAAUAGUGGCCCGCGUAGACCUGGACUCGCCCAACUCAUCGGAAGCGAGUGAAGACCUACUCCCAACGACCCCAAACUCGGACCCAACCAUCGCCCUGGACCCGCAGGAUCGACGAUCGGCCCGACCCAGCGUGAUCGAGCACAGCAACUUCGAGUGCGAUCAGUGCGGGAACUUCUUCGCCCGCCAGUGUGGCCUGACGCAGCACAAAAAGUGGAUCCACUCGCCGCGGAUGAUCCCGUGCGAAAAAUGUGGCAAAAAGUUCCUCACCUCCGAGGAGCUGGCCAAGCACAUCGUCAAGCACAACCAGGUGGACAAGCCGCACAAGUGCCCGGUCUGUCCGAAGCAGUUCUGCCACAAGAACGACCUGCGGCGGCACAUGUUCCGGCACUCGGAGAAGGUCCCGUUCACGUGCGGAAUCUGCCACCGGGGCUUCAUCCGGGCGGACCACCUGACGGCGCACGAGAUUUCGCACGAACGGCGGCGGAAGAUCAGCUCCAAGGCCGGCGGGACGAAGGGGGAGGCCGGGGGAAAGAAGCAGAAGAAGAAGCAGUAGGGAGGAGCAACGCGUGGGUUGUACAUCGAGAAUGUAUGCACCGUGGGUCUCCAUGUGAUGAAACGAAGGCCGAAAAGAGGGGAAACACUUUCAACAAACAUGUGAAAAGAAUUUUAUGACAGAAAAUGACGAGCAUAACUGUAAUAAGACUGAGAAAUAUUACUUAUUUAUUGUAAAUUAGGGUCGUUGCAUUUUUAAUUAGGAAGAAAAAUCAAGAGAAAAAAAUUUAAAUACGUUAAGGUAAGGAAAAUGGAUUAGGAUAAGAAAAAGUGAUUCGUGUUAAGACUGAUGAGUUUUAAUUGCUAUUUGAGGAUUUCGAUAGUGAAUUGUAUAGCUCGCCUUAUUAAUGAUUACAAUUUGUGUUAAUUUUAUCAGUUAGAUAUCCAUUUUCCACAAAAAAAAUAA